ACAAAACAAGACAAAAAUACCAAAUUACUUAUUAUUUUAAAUUCAUAUUUUGUGUGAAACAAUUUAUUUCUUCAACAGUGCAGUUGAAGUAAUUAUAUUAUUUAAAUCCUGGGAAUUUAAGGUAUGUUUCAUGGACGGUGUGAGAGAGGAAUAUUUCAUGAGAUUUAUUUAUUUGUACUUGUCAGGGCUGAGUUGUAGGCUGUAAUCAGUAGAUCGGUGUUCAUUCACUGGUGGGGGAUUCUUCAGGCUCUGGGUGACUCGAUGACUCAAAAAACAGACUCUCUUCAGUUAGUGACUCAUAAAAACUCAAAUCAGUAAAAAAGAGUCGGACCUCCAUCCUGUCUGUAAUGUGAGGAGACUGGUGGAGAAAGAAGGGAAUGCUGACAUGAGAACCGGGACGGCAGAGAGAAGAUGGUGACACAGAGGAGCGGCAAGAAGUAGUCGUGUUUCCACCCUCAGACAGACUGAAAUUGAAAAGAUGAGUGAUUGUGGGGGUGAAGAGGAGAAGCGAGAAUCGUCUCUGGAGUCCAGCUGUCAGUCAAAGACUGACCAGUCUGAAGAUCUUUCUACACUUCCAGUCUUCAGUGAUGAACCUGGACCCUCACACAGCCGUCUAAUAAAAGAUGCUGGUGGGGUCGGCUCCAUGUCCACUGCAGGCCCUCCCUCUGCCACAGGUAUGAGGAAACCCUGGCAUGAGAACAUGACGCAGGACCUACGAGACCUCUGGGUAGACGAACUUGUUGAUGUCCUCCGUCUGACUCCUGAUUGGGAGGUCGAUGCCAGAAAAAUUGAAGGAGACAUUUAUGAGUCAGCCAACAGUAGAGAUGAGUACGAUCAUCUGCUAGCAGAGAAGAUCAAUGAGAUCCAGAAGAAGAUAGAGGAGAGGAGGAAACAGUUCCAGAGGCUCAGUCUGGGCCUCGGGUCCACCAGCAUGGAUCCGUCUUCCAUCAGACAGCCUCCCUAUGACUCUGAUCUCUCACUGGGUCGAAGAACAAAGCUUCAUCAGUCUGCAGAUAAAACAGAGGUCAACUCACCCUCUCCAUGGGCAAGGACUGGAGAGGCUUCACACAGUCUGAUAAAAGAUGCUGGUGAGGUCGGCUCCAUGUCCACUGCAGGCCCUCCCUCUGCAACAGGUAUGAGGAAACGCCGGCAUGACGACAUGACGCAGGACCUACGAGACCACUGGAUAGACAAACUUGUUGAUGUCCUUCCUCUGACUCCUGAUCUGGUGGUCGAUGCCAGAAAAGUUGAAGGAGACAUUUAUGAGUCAGCCAACAACAGUAUAUACUAUCAUCUGCUAACAGAGAAGAUCAAUAAGCUCGAGGAGGAGGAGGAGAGGACCCGGCAGAGGCUCAGUCUGGACCUCUGGUCUACCAGCAUGGAUGAGUCUCCCAUCAGACAGCCUCCCUGUUCAACUUCAGUAUCAGCUUCAAGCUCAUCUGCCCUGCCAACCCAGCCCUCAGCCAGUCAACCAACCACAGCUGAAGAAGGAGCUACAACUCAGAGAGACGCAGGAAGCACUGCAAUCAACGCUCAAAAUGGAAGUGUCGUCAGCCAUCCUCACACUCAUAUUGCAGGGCGUACACAUUUCAAUGUCAACAACACACCCUCUGUCCAAACUCGUGCCAGAACAGACCAGACUAAUGUUGAGGAACAUGGUGGAGAGCAGAGACGAAAACCUGGUCUGAGGAAGCGUCCUGAUCCGAGGAGAGAAAAUCAACAAAGGACUCAGAGUCUCCCAGAGGAUGAAGAGAAGAGGCUGCGCUCUGUUCGCAAAGAAUUUAUUAAAAGAGUGUCUGAUCCUGUUCUGAAUUACCUGCUAGAUGCACUUCUGCAUGAUAAGGUUAUCACCUCCGGGGAAAUGGAGUCGAUCCAAAUAAAGCCCAGGGCAGACAGAGCACGACAGUUGAUUGACACGGUGCUAAAAAAGGGCAAAGAGGCUUGUAAAAUUCUGAUCGAUGCCCUCUGUAAGGUAGAUCCAUUUCUGUCUGAAACACUGGAGUUAAAAUGAAGCAAAAGGAAAAUGUAGUGAAAUCAGUGACGGCCUGUUUUAAAUUUUCGCUGAGUUUUACUUGAACUCAAAAAUGCUUAGGAUCCAAAAACUCAGGUAUAAUGCAGCACCGUCAGUCGGCCUAUCACUUAGAUUUGUCAAGUAAAUAUAGAUAUAUUAUAUACUAUGCACUGCAAAUAUAUGAGGUAUACUAUGCAGGAUUUGUCAGUUGCUGUUUGUAAACAUAACAUUCAAAGUUGGCCCCUCCUCCAUCUAGCUCAAUGACACCAGAGUGAGAGAGAGCAAGCAGCGGUGGUCGAGCGAGCUAGUGAGUGAAUGAAGAGGGGGAGUGGCGCUAGGGAAAACAAAGCCAAGAAUCAGAUGAAUAAAACAUUAUUUUGUGAUUGUUUCAUGGCAGUUACUUUCUAAUAGUCGUCUAGGGACAAUGGUCAUCUGGGACAGGUCUGCUUUCUGUCCCCAGAGUCAAAACUAAACAUGAAGAAGCAGCAUUGAGUUUUUAU